AGGACGGACUGCUGUUGCACACAGUCGGCCAUUUUUAAACCAGUCGCUGGUCCGGGUGGCUGGGGAACUUGGUCCGUUUGAUUUUUUUCCCGUCUCGUCGUGUUGAUCGAGAGCUUGCAGACAUGUCUGACUUCGUGGAGAGUGAAGCUGAGGAGUCUGAAGAAGAGUAUGAUGAAGGAGGAUCAGUGGUGCAGAAAAAGCCCAAGAAGUUCAUAGAAGAUGAUGAUGAAGAAGAGGAGGAAGAAGACGAAAAUGCUGAUGAUCAAGAUGAGCAGGGGAAUUUGAAGGACUUCAUUAAUGAUGAUGUGGAGGAGGAUGAUGAGGAGGAAGAGGAGGAGGAAGACGAUGAUGCAGGGAGUGAAAGAUCGGGAGGUUCAGACACUAUCAUUAAGAAAAGGAAACGCAAAUCUUACGAUGACAGGCUGGAAGAUGACGAUUUUGACCUAAUUGAGGAAAACUUGGGUGUCAAAGUUAAAAGGCAAAAAUUCCGACGUGUGAAAAAAGUAUCUGAUGAUGAAGAUGAAGAGGAAGAAGAAACUACCAAGAAAGGACAUGAAAAGGAGGCUAUUGCUGAUGAACUUUUCCCAGAGUUUGAAGGGGAAGAAGGAGAGCAGGCAGAACCACCAGUAGUAGCCCCUGAGGAAGAGGAGGAGGAAGAAGAGGAAGAAUCAGAUAUCGAUGACUUCAUUGUUGAUGAUGAUGGGCAACCAAUCAAGAAACCAAAGUGGAAGAGAAAAUUUUCGGGGUACACAGAUGCUGCUCUUCAAGAAGCUCAGGAAAUCUUCGGAGUAGAUUUUGAUUACGAUGAAUUUGAAAAAUAUAAUGAAUAUGACGAGGAGCUAGAGGAGGAAUAUGAGUUUGAAGAUGAGGAAUUGGGAGAAGGUGAAACAAGAGUUCGCCCAAAGAAAACCACCAAAAAACGUGUCAGCCGACGUAGCAUCUUUGAGAUCUAUGAGCCCAGUGAACUGGAGAGCAGCCAUCUCACAGACCAGGACAACGAGAUCAGAGUUACAGACAUGCCAGAAAGAUUCCAGCUUCGUGCAAUUCCAGUCAAGCCAUGUGAAGAUGAUGAGCUUGAGGAGGAGUCUGAGUGGAUUUACAGAAAUGCCUUCUCAACACCUACUGUUUCAUUGCAGGAGAGUUCGGAGUACCUGGAACGUGGGCAGGGUAUCAGCAAUUUUAGCCGAAAAGGUCCUGCAACUAUCCAGAAGAUAAAAGAAGCACUCAAUUUUAUGAGGAAUCAGCAUUUUGAGGUGCCUUUCAUUGCCUUCUACAGAAAGGAGUAUGUAGAGCCAGAACUGAACAUCAAUGAUCUGUGGAAGGUCUGGCAGUGGGAUGAGAAGUGGACACAGCUGAAGACUCGAAAAGAAAACCUUACCCGACUAUUCCAGAAGAUGCAAGCAUACCAGUAUGAACAAAUCUCUGCAGAUCCAGACAAACCCCUGGCCGAUGGUGUUAGGGCACUGGACACUGCAGAUAUCGAAAGAUUAAAGGAUGUGCAGUCAACUGAUGAGCUGCGAGAUGUGUAUAAUCAUUUCUUGUUGUAUUAUGGUCGUGAUAUUCCAAAAAUGCAAAAUGCCUUAAAACCAAGUAAGAAGAAAUACAAAAAGAAUCAGCAAGGUGGAGAGGAUGAGGAGGAAGGAGAGCGUGAUGAAGAAGUUGAAGAUGAUGAACAUCAUGGACCAGAGCUUAAGCAAGCUUCUCGCAGAGAUAUGUACACCAUUUGCCAGAAUGCUGGUCUAGAUGGGCUUGCAAAGAAAUUUGGUCUGACCCCUGAACAGUUUGGUGAAAAUCUGAGAGACAGUUACCAGCGUCAUGAGACUGAGCAAUUUCCAGCAGAACCAUUGGAACUGGCAAAAGAUUAUGUCUGCAGUCAAUUUCCAUCACCUGAGGCUGUAUUAGAAGGUUCUCGAUACAUGGUGGCCAUGCAGAUUGCCAGAGAACCGUUGGUCAAACAAGUUCUAAGACAAACUUUUCAAGAGAGAGCCAAGAUUAAUAUUACUCCCACAAAGAAAGGCAGAAAGGAUAUUGACGAAGCGCACUUUGCUUACUCUUUCAAAUAUGUAAAGAAUAAGCCUGUCAAAGAAUUAAGAGAUGAUCAGUUCUUGAAGAUGUGCCUUGCAGAGGAUGAUAACUUAUUAACUGUGGAUAUCUGCAUUGAUAUGAAAGGACUAGACGGGUAUGGAAAUGACCAGAGUUAUUUUGAUGAAAUCAAGCAAUUUUAUUACCGUGAUGAAUUCAGCCACCAAGUGCAAGAGUGGAAUAGACAACGCAGCAUGGCAAUUGAACGAGCAUUGAAUCAAUUCUUGUACCCACAGAUGGGCAAGGAGCUGAAAAACAAACUGCUGAAUGAGGCACGAGACUACAUUUGCAAGUGUUGUAGUCGCAAACUUUACAAUUGGUUGAAGGUCGCACCAUAUCGACCUGACCAACAAAAUGAAGAAGAUGAUGACGAUUUUAUGGAGGAAAAUCAGAGUAAAGGUGUUCGAGUGUUGGGUCUGGCAUUUGCAAGUGAAAGGGAUACACCAGCCUUCUGUUCUCUUGUCAAUGGAGAAGGGGAAGUGACAGACUUCCUCCGUCUGCCAUAUUUCUUAAAACGUAGGAAUGCUUGGCGAGAGGAAGAACGAGAAAGGAAGGCACAUGAUAUUGAAACCUUGAAGAAGUUUCUGUUGAGUAAGAAGCCUCAUGUUGUGGCUGUUGGCGGAGAAAAUAGAGAUGCACUUAUGGUUGUAGAGGACAUAAAGCGAAUAGUGAAUGAACUGGAGCAGGAGCAUCAAAUGUCGCCUAUCGGAGUGCAUUUAGUAGACAAUGAGCUAGCUCUCCUCUACAUGAACAGCAAAAAGUCCGAGAAUGACUUCAGGGAUUAUCCACCACUAUUACGUCAGGCAGUAUCGCUCGCUCGCCAGGUGCAGGAUCCACUUGUCGAGUUUGCUCAAGUUUGUGGGACAGAUGAUGACAUUGUUUGUCUCAAAUUCCAUCCUUUGCAGGAACAAGUAAUAAAAGAAGAAUUGCUGAAUGCACUUUACUGUGAGUUCAUUAACCGAGUGAAUGAAGUAGGUGUGGAUGUAAACAGAGCAAUAACUCAUCCACAUACUCAAGCACUAGUUCAGUAUGUUUGUGGUUUAGGACCUCGUAAAGGAUCGCACCUACAGAAGAUCCUCAAACAGAAUAAUACUCGCUUGGAAAAUAGGACGCAGCUGGUUACGAUGUGUCAUAUGGGUCCAAAGGUCUUCAUCAAUUGUGCAGGAUUUAUUAAAAUAGAUACUGCGUCGUUAGGGGACAGCACUGAUUCCUACAUUGAGGUUCUGGAUGGCUCAAGAGUUCAUCCUGAAACUUACGAGUGGGCCAGAAAAAUGGCUGUGGAUGCUCUUGAAUAUGAUGAAUCAGCAGAGGAUGCCAACCCAGCUGGAGCACUUGAAGAAAUUUUGGAAAAUCCUGAACGACUAAAGGAUCUUGACCUUGAUGCAUUUGCAGAAGAACUGGAAAGGCAGGGCUAUGGUAACAAAGGUAUCACAUUGUAUGACAUUCGAGCUGAACUGAGCUGCAGAUACAAGGAUUUGCGUGUACCAUGCCGUGCACCAAACUCUGAGGAGAUUUUCAACAUGCUUACAAAAGAAACGCCAGAAACAUUUUAUAUUGGUAAAUUAAUAACGUGCAAUGUCACGGGAAUUGCUCACAGGAGGCCUCAGGGUGAGAGUUAUGAUCAGGCUAUCAGGAAUGAUGAAACUGGUCUUUGGCAAUGUCCUUUCUGCCAGCAGGACAAUUUUCCAGAGCUUAGUGAGGUUUGGAAUCAUUUUGACAGUGGUGCAUGUCCUGGCCAGGCUAUAGGAGUGAAGACAAGGCUGGACAACAAUGUUACAGGUUUUAUUCCAACAAAGUUCCUCAGUGAUAAAAAUGUUAAACAUCCUGAAGAAAGGGUCAAGAUUGGCAUGACUGUACAUUGCCGCAUUAUGAAGAUAGACAUUGAGAAGUUUAGUGUAGACCUUACUUGUCGAACAUCUGAUCUGAUGGAUAAGAACAAUGAGUGGAAGUUACCCAAGGAUACCUAUUAUGAUUUUGACUCUGAGGCUGCAGAUCAUAAAGUUGAAGAGGAUGCAAAGAAAAAACAACAACGCACAACAUACAUCAAACGAGUAAUAGUGCAUCCAUCAUUCCACAAUAUCAACUUCAAGCAGGCUGAGAAGAUGAUGGAAACUAUGGACCAAGGAGAUGUCAUUAUCAGACCCAGCAGCAAAGGAGCUAAUCAUCUCACUGUAACCUGGAAAGUGACAGAUGGGAUCUAUCAACACAUAGAUGUGAGAGAAGAAGGCAAGGAGAAUGCCUUCAGUUUGGGACAAUCUCUUUGGAUCAACAAUGAGGAAUUUGAAGACCUUGAUGAAAUUACUGCUCGAUAUGUACAGCCAAUGGCAUCUUUUGCUCGUGACCUGCUCUAUCAUAAAUAUUACCAGGAUUGCAAUGGUGGAGACCGUAAGAAAAUGGAAGAGAUCCUAUCAAAAUCCAAAAGGGAAAAGCCUUCUUUUAUUCCCUAUUUCAUUUCAGCAUCAAAGGAACUGCCGGGAAAGUUUUUGUUAGGCUACCAACCUCGUGCCAAGCCCAGGGUAGAGUUUGUCACAGUGACACCAGAAGGAUAUCGGUAUAGAGGGCAAGUUUUCCCAACUGUGAAUGGUUUAUUUAGAUGGUUUAAAGAUCACUUCCAGGACCCAGUGCCAGGUAUAACACCUUCAAGUACAAGUAGGUCCAGUAGAACUCCUGCCUCGAUGGAUGCAACACCAGCUAACAUUAAUUUGGCAGAUCUUACCCGAGCAGUUAAUGCUCUCCCACAGAACAUGACAACGCAGAUGUUCAAUGCAAUAGCAGCUGUUACUGGACAGGGUCAGAAUCCAAAUGCCACACCAGCACAGUGGGGAUCCAGUCAGUAUGGCUAUGGAGGAAGCAGUGCCUAUCAUGUUUUUGCAACCCCUGCACAACAACCAGUAGCAACGCCAUUAAUGACUCCAAGCUAUUCGUAUACAACACCUAGUCAGCAACCGAUUACAACGCCACAAUACCACGGCAGUGCUACUCCACAGACUCCUGCCACAACCCGACAAAGGUCACAGCCAAAGACUUCAACUGCCCAUACUGCUGUUGACUGGGGCAAAAUAGCAGAACAGUGGCUGCAGGAGAAGGAACAAGAGAGGCGAAAACAGAAAGCCAAGAUGACUCCUAGACCUUCACCCAGUCCCAUGAUUGAAGGCACCCCAAUGUCUAUUGCCGGUGAUGCCACACCAUUGUUAGAUGAAAUGGAUCGAUAGGGGAGGGCAGCGUGAACAUCAUUUGAACUUUGACCCCUGCCCUCUCCCUUGGGUCUGCUAAUUUCAGUGUUUCCUGAUACCCAAAACUACUGAUUGGCUAAGGAUUUGUUUUCUAAGCUAUAUAUUGGUUACUUUCAGGUUGUCUUUGACUCUCAUUUAACAAGAAGUGUGAAACCUUCAGGAGGCCAAGGGAAGUCACUGGAAUGCUGAAAUGAAUAGGUCGCUGGGCUUGGAUACAAUGCCUAAUGGCUGAAACAGAAUGCAUAUCCUAUUGUGAUUUGCACAUGUGCAAAAAAAAGUCAGUUUACAGCCAGUCUAAUUUUAAUUUCAACAGAGUUGGGAGUUUGGACAUGUGUAACUGUUAAGUAAGGGAUGGCCCUGUAAAGCAUACCGGUUAUCACCUUCUUGACAAAUGCAAAUGUUUCCAUCAUAUAAUGGUGUACAUAAGUAGGUAUAUGCAAACUUGUUUUUUAUGCUUGAGGUGAAACUUGACAAACACAGAAACAGUCACCAACAUGUGGUACUUAUGUUCUGGUGGGAAGAGAGAAAUUGUACCUGAUUUAAUAAGCUUCCCUGCCCCCCACCCCCCCCCCCCAAUAAGAGCAUUUACUUUUCAAGACACUUUCUCACAUUCUGCUUCUUCUGUAACUUAAAUCAGAACAAUUUUAUUAUCAAAACUCCUUUAGAUACUAAAUGAUUCAAACACAACUAGCUAUACUUCUGUGUUUGUAUUCCAAAGCCAUUCAGUGUAUGAAGGGAAGAGAUUGUGCAGUGAGGGAUUUAAAUAACCUCAGUUUAUCAGUAUCUGAACUCCAGUGGCAUGCAUCUUGUAUGCCUGUGUUCAUGCAAUUUUCAGGUUUUCUUGGUAGCAAUAGCAGCUCGAUGUUAUCACAGCUGGAAGGCAGACACCAACAAUUAUACACCCUCAUAUGAGCUGGAAGGCCAUUGUGCAAUGUCAUUUCAUCUGCAACAGUUUGUUGCAGAAGUACGUCACAGGGUCUGCUGUUUCCCAGCAGCAUCCGGUGAAAUGUAAUAUUUUUGCUGCUGUAGUCAUGAUGUGAUGGUGUUUUCCGCUCAGCUUGCUUCAUUCAGACAUAAAGUCUAUCCUGCAGCUUCUGCUAACUGGCAGAAAAUUAUCCCACACAUUCCAUUCAUAAGGGAUGAUGCAGGAAAAUGGAAUACUGUAGAUCUACCAUUUUUGGUAGAGGUAUUAAGUUCCAUUUUUUUCAGGUGAAAGACUCAAAUAUUGAGUUAUGGCAAAAUAGUAACCCCUAUAUAUAUAUUGCAGUUCUUUCCAAUCACAUCAGUCAAUGAAUAUAAUACCCUUUGGCUCAGAAAUAGUUGAAGGCCCUCAAGACCCAUAUUUUUGGUUAUUUAUUUUUUGAAAAUAGUCACUAUAAUGGAGUUUGUAACUACGUUGUUUUAAAGGUUUGUGUAGCUUAUGGAAAAAUAUUAGUGAGUAUUAAGAGUUGCUGUAGUGCUUCCUACAGUACCUUUAUUUUGUUGCUGAAAUUAGAAACGUUUUUGAAAUGCCCUGUACCUGGAUUACAAAUGCCUAACCCACAGCUAAAAAACCAAUACAGAAUAACAAAACUUUACUGAUGUAUUUCUCAAAUAUGCGGUUUCAACCAAAUUUUGAGGUGAUAAUUCUGGUUUUGAUUUACUCAUAAGACAAAUUUUAAAAUGUAUCGUUUGGCUGUAGUCAAUGAUACAGUGCAGUGUUCUAUUUAUCCAGAUAACUUUAAACAAAACUUCUCUAAUCAUUAAAUUUAUAGAAGCACAAUCACUAAAAUAGGUUGGAUUUGCAUGAGCCUGUAAAACUGAGUCCAAGUUGUAUCCAAAGGCAUUGAAAUGCCAUAGUUACAUGGAUGGGAACAAUUCUGAUCAGUUAGUGAAAUUAUAUGCGGUAUGUGAAAUGAUAGAUCCAGAAUAGUUUAAACUGAAUUGUUUUGCAUUGCAGAAUAAUUUUAUGCAACCUUAAAUGAUGUCAUUUUGAAGAGAAAUAUUUUCAAUUUCAUUCACAUUGUAAAUUUCCUACAGCUUUUGCUCUGAAUAAAAGUACAGUACUGUGAAUUCAAAUCUUGCUUAUUGAAGCAGGCAUUUUGUAACUACUGCAAACAGUUGCAAGUGUAACCAUAUGCAAGUUGAGUAAAUCUGCCAUGACAAAGUUACCUUAUUUGCAAAAGCAUCUUAUUUUAAGGAGUUGUAAUUCAAUUUGAAUAAGCAAGCUUGUGCUGUGCAUUGAAGGCAGCUUUAUGCACACUGGGGACUGUAGUAUUUUUUUGAAAUAAUGUAAUUAUAUUCCAUUUUACACAAGAAAAAUCUUUAAACCCAUAUAGUUACUAGUUUAUGCUAGUAUAAUCUAUUUCUUUUUUUUAUUGGUGAGUGCCUCUUCCCACUUAUGUAUUGUUGGGAAGUAUAUUACAUGAAAAAUAAUGGGGUUCUCCUUGUGCUCUGUUAUUUAAAUAAUUUAAAAGUUUUAUGGCUUCAGAGUUGCAUUAAAUUGUAUUUUCAAAACAAGGAAUCUUAAUCCAGAUUAUCAUGCUUUCCAUUCUCUACCUUGUAUCUUUCCAUGAAUAAAGCAAAUACACCAAACCAUUCGUGUUUCAAUGCUUCAGUGGCAAGUUCCCAUAGUGAUUCAAAGUUUACCAUGGUAUCUGGGUUUUGUAAGCUGACAUUUUGUAUACAGAAUGAGGUUCUUCCUCCUGGUACAUUUUCUAAAAUGCAGGUUCUAAUUUUAACUAAAAGAAAUACAACCACUGGAUUCAAAUCACUUCUAUUUUAACUUUUUUCCGGGGGGGGGGGGGGAAGAACUAAAAGGUUGAAUUUCCAAGUUACUGGAGAUCAUUUGGUGGGUGAGGAGGGAAGUUUUUAAACUUACCAAAUUUAAAACUUGCAGCCUCAAAGGGAAAACGCAUUUCUUGGAGGUAACGUUUUUUCCAUUUCAGUGUAAGUACCUCUUAAGAUUAAGUGCUGCUAGUCAACCUGAUACUGAAAAUUAACUGUUGUAAUCUUGUUCCAUUCUUUAAGUUUGGUAAGUUCAGUUGCUGAUGAGAGUACUGUGUUUACAGAGCAAGCUUCCAGAGAAGGUGAUAGAGACAGCUACAAUUAUGACAUUUAAAAGACGUUCAGGCAGAUACAUGGAUAAAGAAAGGCUUAAACGCAGGGGUUCGUAAACUUUUUAAUGCUAUGGAGCAUUACCAUAAACCAAGGGGUCUGUGGACCCCAGUUUAGGAAUCCCUGUGGGGAUAUGGCCAAACAAGGAUAAAUGAAACUAAUUCAGUUAAGCAACCUGGUCAACAUGGACAAGUUAGGUUGAAAUGCCUAGUUUGUGAUGCUUUUCACUGAGCUCUUAAAGCAAAACUUAGUCUGCAUUUCCUUCUAUCUCAGCCGAAUCCUGUGUCAUACCACUUCAUUUAAAUGACGCCAGAACAAGCAAGGAAUGGUCUUUAUCCAGGCAUAUAGAUGAGUUUGGCAUCAUGGUUGAUUCAGACAUGGUAGUUGAAGGGCUGUCAUUCAAUGUUCUAUUUGUGUUCCUGCACAUAAUGAUGUUGAACUUUUAUUUCCUUUCUCAGUCUGAACGCUGUCUAAUUAUUCUUUGCAUUUUCAGCAGCUUGUGUGAAUAUGCAAAUAAGCAUGUGAAUACUCUGCUAGAGUGAAAUAUGGAACAUUGUGCAAAUUAUCUUGGUAGGGUGGGGGGUAUCUUUCACUUAACCUAACCUUAGGAUGUUUGUGUCUGUUGUUUUGCAAAUAUGUGGUUGAGCAGCUCUUUUUUUCUCAGUUGAAUUCAGAAUAAAUACAACAUGUGCAGUCAGCAUCAUUCACUCCCAUUCCCUUCAUCCAUAGAAAGGCAUAGUUGAGAUUAGAUAAAUGCAUUUACAAUAUUCAAAUCAAAGGUUAGAAUUACUUUGCAAGUGAUAAUUUCUAAGGAAUAUACUCCCCUCUUGUGCUGGCUCUUAUGUACAUUUGAUAUCUUUGAGCCUGUACUCAAUGGAGGUUACAAGAAUGAGGGGGAUCUCAUUGAAACCCAUCAAAUAUUGAAAGGCCUAGGUAGAGUGAACAUGGAGAGGGCGUUUCCUAUAAUGGGCGAGCCCAGGAACGGAGGGCACAGCCUCAGGACAACCAUUUAGAACGGAGGUGAGGAGGAAUUUCUUUUGCCAGAAGGUGGUGAAUCUGUGUAAUUAAUUUCCACGGACUGCUGUGGAGGCCAAGUCAAUGGGUAUAGUUAAAACAUUCGUUGAUAGGUUCUUGAUUAGUAAAGGUCAAAAGGUAUGGGCAGAGGGCAGGAGAAUCAUGAUGAAAUGGCAGAGCAGACCUAAUGGCCCAAAGCCCCAAUUCUGCACCUGUCUUGUCACUUUGUAAAUGACACAUGCCAGAAGAUUUCUCCACUAACCUACCAAUGGCAUAACCUAAUAAUGUAUAGGACAAAUAAAGAGGUGAAUCCGUCUUAAGCCUGGUCUAUGUAGGAUUGAAAUGUCAAUUAGAGCAACAGCAUAAAGAGUGGAUCAACUGUGUCGCUUUUGAGGGGAAACCUAAAUCAUGAGGUUUUAUACAAAAAUGAAGGCCGUUUGAAUAAUGUACUGAAAAGGCACUGGAUGUUGUAGAAUAAAGUGUUACUGUUUACAGAAAAGAAUAUAAAAAUAAAUGAGAAAUUAAGUGAGGAAACAAAACAAUAAAUGCAAAGCAGGUACCCGUUCCAUAAAAUGUAUCUAUAUUGUUAACUGGAUAAACUUAUUGUGAAUUAAUAAUUCAUGGCUUUAAUUGUGUAAAAUAUUAAUAAAUGUACUUAACAAUUAGAGAGUAUUUGAUUCAGUACAGCAUUUUAGAUUUUUUCUUCCAAUAAAACAGGAUUAUGCCUCACUUAUGAGAGUCUUAAUAAAUACACUACAGUUCAUUUUGCUCUAACAGCUUGCAACUAAUGAGUAAUAAAUGCCCACAAGCUAUGAGUGAAUUCAAAAAUAACCAUGAUCAAACAGCAUGAUCCACCAUUUAAAGCAUUAUUUCACUGCUGUGUGUAGAAUAUGGGAUUUCAAAAGGCUGCAGCAACUCUUUAAAUUAUCGGUUACAUAGUUUAUUUUUUCACAUAAGAGCUUUUUUUCUGUAUCCAAAAUAUUUUGGUAGUGAUUUGUUAUUUUGUAAAGGCAGAUUUACAUUUAUCUGAAAUGCUGUAACAUGGAGGUGCACUAUAAAUAAACUUUAACCUUGAGAAA